GUGGCACUAAUUUUUGACCUAGUGGGAGCUGGCACCCUCGAUCUGUUUCGGCUAUGAAGUAAUAUUCUCGGCCCUAUUCUCCCACCCGUGCAUGAGUUUAGCCAUGGAAUCACAACUGCUUAGUGACGAUGACCGCACCACUUGGUAUCCGGACAUGACUCUCUCGGUAAACGACCCCGUGACAGCUGAAGACUGCGUUGCGUUCGCAAACCUUGAAUUGCAACCAGAUAUAUCUAGCACAACGCUGGAACAACCGCCAUACCUUUGUCCAACCCCGGACCAAUUCCCAAUCUACUACCAAUCUCCUGUCAUUAGUGGCCCUGACGACGCCUAUGGGUCUCUUUAGAGUACUCUGUCGUCCAAGACCUGGUUUGACAUGGUGGGUACUUUGGAAGCCGUUGGUUCAGGGACAGCUGGUGAGAUACCGAACUUGAUAAACCACGAGACAGCUUCCCCAAUGACGAUGCCAAGGGGUGAUCUGGAUAUUGCAGAAGCCAGCAUGCCUUUGUACGAUUAUUCCAACGCCAAAGCAGAACAGAUUUAUCGUUGCAGUUAUCCAAAAUGUCGAAACCGGCGUGGCUUCACUCUGAGGGCUCACCUCACGAGGCAUAUGAGGAUCCACGAGAAACCACUCCAAUGUCUGUAUCCUCAGUGUGACUUCAGAGCUGCGGAGCAAAAGGAUCUUCGUCGGCACGCAGUGGUAGCCCACAGUAUGUGGGCUAGGCAUCGAUGGAAGAUUGAGGGGCCGUUCUACUGUGGCGUUUGUUCCACAACUUUCACGCGGAAGGACAAUCUACAAAGGCAUUACAAAAAGAAGCAUGGAUACACGACCUGUACCCAAUCAGGAAAGUAGAAAGUCUAGAUUAUCCAAUCCAGUCUUGUUGCUAUUUUAAA